GGUUUACAGACUGGAGCUGUGUAUGGGAAUACACUGGAGUACUACCUUGAUUUAUAUUCAACUUAUUCCUACCUGAACCUAUAUCGUCUGUAGCAGUGAAAAACAGCAGAGGAGAAAGAGAGCAAUAAUGUGGAGUGUAAUGACAGUGUAAUGACUGAAGGGUCAAGAAAUACAGGGAGAGAGACAUGGCUGGUGAGUAAAAAUACUGGACAGAACCCAAUUCACCCUCUUUCUCCUUCCAUUCAACUUUAUCUGAAGUUAACUUUACAGUUUUACUCAGAAAUAAUUGUUUAUAGAUGUGAAGAAUACAACUUACAUUAUUGUGCACAAUUCAGCCAGGCAGAGAGAUUGACAGGCAAACAGACAUAAAACAGACAUACCCCUUGACUUAUUCCACAUUUUGUUGUGUUAAAGCCUGGAUUAAAUUGAUUAAAUAAAUACAAAUCUCGACCAUCUACAUACAAUACCCCAUAAUGACUAAGUGAAAAUAUAUUUUUAGAUUAUUUUGUUGAAAAUGAAAUACAGAAAUAUCUCAUUUACAUAAGUAUUCACACCUCUUUGCUAUGACAAUCCAAAUUGAGCUCAGGUGCAUUCAAUUUCCUUUGAUCAUUCUUGAGAUGUCACUACAACUUGAUUGGAGUCCACCUGUGGCCAAUUCAAUUGUUUGAACAUGAUUUAGAAAGAAAAAUCUGUCUAAAUAAGGUCCCACAGUUGACAGUGAAUGUCAGAGCAGAAACUAGACCAUGAAGUCCAAGUAACUGGCCGUAGAUCUCCGAGAUAGAAUUGUGAUGAGGCAUAUAUCUGGGGAAUGGUAUAAAACAAUUUCUAAAGUGUUGAAAGUUUCCAAGAGCACAGUGGUCUUCAUCAUUGGGAAAUUGAAAAAAUAUGGGACUACCCAGACUGCCUAGAGCUGGCCUUCCGACCAACCUGAGCAACCAAGCAAGCAGGUCCUUGGUCAGGGAGGUGACAAAGAAUCAAAUGAUCACUCUGACAGAACUACAGAAUUCCUUGGCUGAGAUAGAAGAACCUGCCAGAAGGACAACAGUCUCUACAGCACUUCAACAAUCUGGGCUUUAUGGGAGCGUGGUCAGACGGAAGCCACUCCUGAGAAAAAGGCACAUGACAGCAUGCCUGGAGUUUGCAAAAAGGCACAUGAAAGACUAUGAGAGCAUAAGGCAAAUGAUUAUGUGGUCUGAUGAGACAAAUGUAACUCUUUGGCAUUUAAUGCAAAGCACUAUGUCUGGAGAAAACCAGGCACAGCUCAUGACCUGUCUAACACCUUCCCUACCGUGAAGCAGGUAGAGGCAGCAUCAUGCUAUGGGGAUGCUUUUCAGCGGCAGGGACUGAGAAACUGGUAAGGAUAGAGGGAACAAUGAAUGGAGCCAAUUGCAGGCAAAUCCUUGAUGAAAACUUGCUUCAGAGUGCAAACUACCUUAGACUGGGGUGAAGAUUUUCUUUCCAACAGGACAAUGACUCCAAGCAUACACCCAAAGCAACGCUGGAAUGGCUUUAGAACAAGAAUGUGAAAAUCCUUGAAUGGCCCAGCCAAAGCCCAGACGAAUCCCAUUGAAAAUCUGUGGAAAGACUUGAAGAUUGCUGUUCCCCAUCGAACUUAACAGAGCUUGAGAAAAUCUGCAAGGAAGAAUGGUGAAAAAUCCCCAAAUCCAAAUGUACAAAGCUGAUACAAACAUACCCAAGACGACUCAAAGCUGUAAUAGCUGCCAAAGGUGCUUCUACAAAGUAUUGACCCAGGGGUGUGAAUACUUAUGUAAAUGAGAUCUUUCUGUAUUUAAAUACAUUUGCAAAAAUGUGUAAAAACAUGUUUUCACUUUGUCAUUGCGGGGUAUUGUGUGUAGAUGGGUGAGAAAGGAAAUCAAUUUAAUAUAUUUUGAAUUCAGGCUGUAACACAACAGAAUACUUUCUGAAGGCAAUGUAUUUCAGAUCCAGCAAUGUUAUUGGCUGUUGGUCUGUCUUUGGGACUCUUCCUCUUGCUUCUGAUUGGUGUAUCUGUCUACUUCCUGUGGAGGAGGCGCGGCCAAAGACGAUACCGGGAAAUGGUCACCACGUCAGCCCCCUUCCCAGCGUGCACCACUCCAAUUCUCCUGACCAAUCAGAGAUCCAGGUACAGGUGAGUGUCAGGUCACAGUCCCGCCCCUAAAUGCAUGUGUGUGUGUGUAGGACUGCAUUCCUCUGCCCAGGUAUUGCUGACGCAUGCCAGAUCUUACAACGCCUGGAUAGGUAUUUUAAGUAUCAGCUAACCACAUCAUAUGUUAUAGCAAUCGGUCAGUCGAUGACACAGUCGAUGACGUGGCACGCAACCAUUAGUUGAUGCAUGCAACAUCUGAGUAGGGGAACGCGACCUAUAUGUGUGUAAAGAAAAAGAGAGAAAUAAGUUAGAUAAUGGUCGUGUUCCCCUGCUUAGACGUUGCAUGCAUUAACCAAUGGUUGCAUGCCACGUCAUCGACUGUGCCGUCAGGCACCAGAGUGCUAUAACAUAGUGGUUAGCUGAUACUAAAAUAGGUCUGGCAUGCGACAGCAAUGUCUGAGCAGAGGAACAUGACCAAAGCCACUGUGUUAUUUGUAGAUGUUUUGAUAAUUUCCUGUGCCUCUGUCUGUGAUAGGCCAGAUGAGAUCCCAUUCUUCCUGCCACCCCGAUUUAAACCAACUCUCAGGAGCGAGGAGGGGGAGAAAGAGGGGCAGAAGGACUUCAGCAGCACACAUCGUGGAUCUCUCACAGUAGGGAGUAGGUUAGGAGGGAGGGGGGGGGGGGGGGGGGGGGGGCAACACUGUCUGUCUUUCUUCUCACCCACUCCCACUAAUUGGGCUACCUUGUGCUACUUCUUCCUCUCUAGGCUGGUAUCCAGUAGGUAGUGUAAGGGCAGGUCUGUACUGGGUCCCUGAUGUCAGUGAGGUGUCACCCCCUCCUGGUCGCACCGUGCAACUGUGCUUCUCAGUGACCUAUCACCACGACAACGAACAGCUUUAUGUCUCCCUGCUCCGCCUGAGCAACUUGCCAACAUGUUUCUAUAGUAACGACACACUGGCAGAACUGCGACUUCUCCCUGACGACCGUCGCCGACAUAAGGCCAGGGCCCGAUGCAGGGGUCGCGACCCCGAGUUCAACGACAGCUUUGUGUUCCAGGUACACACACAAACACACUAAAUUGGUUCCUUUAACUGCCACUAGACAAAAUCACCCCCCACACUCUCUCUCUCCAGGUGUCGGGUGUGUGUGUAUCUGAGAGUGUGCUCAGUGUGUAUGUGUUGAGUGUGGAUCGGGGGGGCAGGCACCAUGCGGUGGGCAGGGUUCUGUUCCCUGUUGAGGGGGAGCUGGGGGAGGGGGGCAGGCUGCUCUGGAGAGACCUAGAGACUAAGGACGAAACGCAGGUACACACACACACUCAAACAUGCAUGUACACAAUCUCACACACACACACACACACACACAACCUGCAGUAAGUGGCUCUCUUUUUUUCUCUCUGUCAGUGUUCAGGUCUGGGUGAUAUUCAGGUGUCUCUGAACUACAGUCCGUCUCUACAGCGCCUCAAUGUGGUCGUACUGAGAGCACGCAGCCUGCAGAUACACACUGACACAGGUGAGUGUGUAAGAGUGUGUGUGUCUGCAUAAAUGUGUGUGGUCUGUUAUCAGGGUGAUUGUAUGUAUUCUGUUUUCAGGCGUGUGUUUCCAGGUGAGCCUACAGAUCCACACUCAGGUAGUGAAAUCCAGAUGGACGCCAGUGGUUAGUGGUGGAGCUGACCCUGGCUUCAACCACAAGAUGACCUUUAAGCUCCGCCCCUCUCAGCUCGACCAGGCCUGUCUGAGCUUGGAGCUGAUUGGAUCAGGCCUUACCCCAGUAGGUGUGGUGGUGCUGGGGCCGUUCAUGUAUGCCAGGGGGCCUCAGCUUCAGCACUGGACUGACAUGGUCAACACACCCAACGAACUGGUCAAACAGUGGCAUGGACUGGGCAAGCCCACAUAA